UCACAACUAUAUUUAAUAAGAUUCAGACUUUCAAAACUUAAAAAGAAAAUAGAUACAUUGAUAUAAAAGGAUAACGUAAGAGCCUAAUAUAAAGUAUAUAUUUUGAGUUACCAUUUUCUUUAAAAAAAAAAAGUUUUUUUUUUAAGAAAAAGCAACAAAAUGAAAAUUAAAAAACAAACCCAAUAAAAUUAAGUUCGUGAAUUUACAAUUUUGCCCUCCCCACCUACUACCACUUUCCCAUCUCCACAUUACAUUACAACCACUACCCUUUCGUCCCUCACAAACUCACAAGCGGCGAAAAUGCCACCGGAGCCACCACUGAACUUCUGGGGCGAUCAACCGGAGGAAGAAUUCUACGCUUCACAAGGCGUCCGCAACACCAAAUCCUUCUUCGAAACCCCCCAUGGCAAGCUCUUCACACAAAGCUUCAUCCCUCUUGACUCACCGGAUCUCAAAGGCACCGUCUACAUGACUCACGGCUACGGCUCCGACACCGGCUGGAUGUUCCAAAAAAUUUGCCUCUCCUACGCCUCCUGGGGCUAUGCCGUCUUCGCCGCUGACCUCCUCGGCCACGGCCGCUCCGAUGGCCUCCGCUGUUACCUCGGCGACAUGGACAAAAUCGCCGCCGCAUCCCUCUCCUUCUUCCUCCACACCCGCCGUAGCGAGCCCUACCGCCACCUCCCAGCGUUCCUCUUCGGUGAAUCCAUGGGCGGCGCCGCCACCAUGCUCAUGUACUUCCAGUCAGAUCCAGACACCUGGACCGGCCUCAUCUUUUCAGCUCCCCUCUUCGUCAUACCAGAAAAUAUGAAACCAAGUAAGCUCCGACUCUUCCUAUACGGCCUUCUCUUCGGCGUCGCCGACACUUGGGCCGCCAUGCCGGACAAUAAAAUGGUGGGAAAGGCGAUUAAGGAUCCGGAGAAAUUGAAGAUAAUAGCGGCGAAUCCUAGAAGGUACACGGGACCGCCUAGGGUGGGGACGAUGAGGGAAUUGGUUAGGGUAACGCAGUAUAUUAGGGAUAAUUUUUCUAAGGUUACAGCGCCGUUCCUGACGGUGCACGGUACGGCGGACGGAGUGACGUGCCCAUCGUCGUCGCAAUUACUGUAUGAGAAGGCGGCGAGCGUGGAUAAGACGUUGAAGCUAUACGAUGGGAUGUACCAUUCGUUGAUUCAAGGAGAGCCUGAUGAGAAUGUGGAGAUUGUGCUGAGGGACAUGAGGGAGUGGAUCGAUGAGAGAGCUCUGAGAUAUGGGCCGAAGAAAUAGGAAACCUUUCAAAAGGAUUUAAGAAGAUGAAAGUGGGCAUUAAUGGCGGAAACGGAGGUGUGUUUAUUUCUCAGAUUGGAUGGAUAAUGUCAAUGGCACAAAUGGUAAAUGUGGUGUGUUUUUUGGGUCAAAUCUUUCUUUAUUUCAAUUUGUUUUAAUUGACCUUUUUUUCGUCUUAUAAUAAUAAUAAUAAUAAUUAAAUAUACUUCAUUGCUAAUAUAA